UCCAGUUGGAUCGCGAAAGCAGCAAAGAAAACACAAGAAGGAAAAAUGGCAGAAGUAGCACCAGCGCCAGCCGCCGCUCCCGCUAAACCAGCGAAGAAAAAGGCUUCCAAGCCCAAGAAGACCGGCCCUAGCGUCAGCGACCAAAUCCUUAAAGUAGUGACCGCUUCCAAAGAAAGGAAAGGGGUGUCACUAGCUGCCCUGAAGAAGGCUCUGGCUGCCGGAGGAUAUGAUGUGGAGAAGAACAACGCCCGCGUUAAGAUCGCCAUCAAAAGCCUUGUUUCUAAGGGCACUCUGGUUCAGACUAAGGGCACCGGCGCUUCUGGUUCUUUUAAGCUAGGCAAGAAAACCGCAGAGACCAAGCCCAAGAAGCCAGCGAAGAAAGCUGCUCCUAAAGCCAAGAAGCCCGCCGCUGCCAAAAAACCUGCGGCAGCGAAGAAGGCUAAGGCAGCAAAGAAGCCCGCAGCCGCGAAAAAGUCUCCGAAGAAGGCUAAGAAACCAGCUGCUGCCAAGAAGCCCGCUAAGAAAGCCGCGAAGAGCCCUAAGAAGGUCGCCAAAAGCCCGAAGAAGGUGGUCAAGAAGGCGCCCGCAGCCAAGAAAUCCCCGGCAAAGAAGGCUGCAAAGCCUAAAGCGAAAAAGACCGCAGCCAAGAAGAAGUAAGCUGUCAUCGCUGUUACGUUUGAACUCAAAGGCUCUUUUAAGAGCCACCACAAUCCUACAAGAGCCUGUUCCUAAAGCCAUCAGUCAUACAAAUUUAUUGCAAGGCAUGUAUAGCAGACCGUGCCUAAAGAUGAUGGAGCCUAGAGAGGAAUCAAAUCUCUUCACAUCUGCUAUUAUAUAUUAAUUAACGAGUUUAAUUAUUACUUGCGCACACCUGCUAGGGUCCUAGUUAAGAUUAUUUAGCACAUCUGGUUUUUAAUGCCAACUUUCAAAAAUGCAGAAACUGCAUGUAAAACUUGCAUCAUAAAAGGAGCUUCUAGAAAUUUAAGCAUCUACAAAAGAUUACUAACACUAACAUUUUUACUUAAGUGCUUACACACAAAUUUUGCUAUGUGUUUAUGCAUGCGUGCUGUAAAGUCAUUAAAAAUCUCCAUGGCAUACUAGACUCCAGGAAAGUGGCCUCUUGGCUCUGCCCAAUUAAAAACUGCUGUCAAGGGCUUUCUAUUACGUCCGCACAUCAGACAGAGAGUGGUGAGACCUUUAUUUGACUUGUUAUUGAAACAACUGAGCAAGCUGAAAAGAGGUGUGCUGUGAUGCGUAACAUGGAAUCACGUCUUUAUUCUACAGAGAGUAAAGAGUAAUAUGAGUUAAAGGCAGUUAAGUAUAAUGAACGUAAAUUAGAAAAUAUUAGCUACAGGUGUAAUGAAUGUUUGAUGGUGGGCACCAAAGUGAACUAAAUAAAUACAUCCUUAAAUAAUUAAAUGGGUCAAAAUAUAAAUAUAUAAUGAAUUAAAAUAGGAAAUCAAUACAUUUAAUUAUUGUGUGUGCUGGGGACAUAAGAUAAAUUUUCAUUAAACAGAAUGUCCAUAUAGUGAUACAUUUAUUUUCUUUAGUUUUGCACCCAUAGCCUUCCAUACAGAACCAGUGUCCAGGCUUGGUUCCUCUGAACAGAGUCCCAUGUUCAUUGACUUCCUGAGCUACAUUGAGUACAUCACUGCUUCAGUCCUAUAAGGAAUUUAAACAUUGGCUUGGUUUGUGCUAUAUUUGGGUGAUUUUGUGUGCGAGACAGUGUCUAACAUAAUAACAGACAGGGAGCAGAAGAAGCAGAAUGUCCUCUACGUUCUGCUUUUUUAUAAAUAAAAUCCAGUUCAUAAGCAAUUCUACCCCCAGGUCUAAAUAAUUCGAUGUUCAAACCACCUGAUCAA